AUGCAACCUAGCUCAGCUGAACUACCAGUAACUGAUCUACCAUUAUGCUACAACCUAAGCGCAAGCAACACCACAUCCACAUUCAUAGCCCGAAACACCAAACCAAGAUCAAAUGCACUACGUCUCCUCAACCCACAGCACCUACCUAUCUACUAUGCCCAUUCCCGUCUCUCCUUCGGUGCUCUCCAAACUUACCUUUUGUUUCGUCUCGAUGCGCAAUCCCGCGCUCCCAGUCAUUGUUACAGCAAACCCUCCCAUCAUCUCAGCUUUCCCUUAGCAAACCAUACUCUGAGGCUGCCUAACAUCGGCGCUAGGAAGACUAAGUGGAUAAGUUUGAUGGCAGGGCGCGGUGCAUGCGGGAGGUGGCAUGUGGGAGCUGAGGAUGAUGUGACUAGGUCAGGGAAGGUAGGAAGUGAAAUAAUAUGGGAAGGUCAGCGAGAAGAAACCUGUAUCAUACAUACCGCCUGUCUAAACGCACCAGAAAUGAAGAGAACAAAAGAUAGAAAUAAUUUCCCAAUCCCAACCUCUCCCCCAAUAACCUCAAAGGCCUUCCUUGUACCCUCACGCUUGAAUGACCUAGUACUAGUCCUCCCCCUGAUCCCGCCACUACCCAACAGGCGCCUCUUCCAAACCAAGAGAUCUCAUGACAUGGCAAUCUGCUACGACAAUUGGCCCACAGCAUUGUUUCACCGUGAUUACCGACCGUCGUACAAACCUCCUCCUGAUCUAGAAAACCUGAAACCCUCCCGUCUAGCACUCUCAACCUUAUCUAGAUCUAGACCUGGGAGGGAAGGGGGAGUCAUGAGAUGUUCGUGUAUUCUUCAUAACCUGUGUCAGUCGACUUGCCCGCAGUUAAUCAUGGGCCCUGUGUUCCUAGUGGAGAGUAAACCCAAGUCCGUCAAUGUCAACAUCACAUCACAAAAUCUUCUAUGA